AUGCAACAACAAGCAUCAGUGUGCAACAACAAGCAUCAGUAUGCAACAACAAGCAUCAGUGUGCAACAACAAGCAUCAGUGUGCAACAACAAGCAUCAGUGUGCAACAACAAGCAUCAGUGUGCAACAACAAGCAACAGUGUGCAACAACAAGCAUCAGUGUGCAACAACAAGCAUCAGUGUGCAACAACAAGCAUCAGUGUGCAACAACAAGCAUCAGUGUGCAACAACAAGCAUCAGUGUGCAACAACAAGCAUCAGUGUGCAACAACAAGCAUCAGUGUGCAACAACAAGCAUCAGUGUGCAACAACAAGCAUCAGUGUGCAACAACAAGCAUCAGUGUGCAACAACAAGCAUCAGUGUGCAACAACAAGCAUCAGUGUGCAACAACAAGCAACAGUGUGCAACAACAAGCAUCAGUGUGCAACAACAAGCAUCAGUGUGCAACAACAAGCAUCAGUGUGCAACAACAAGCAACAUUGUGCAACAACAAGCAUCAGUGUGCAACAACAAGCAUCAGUGUGCAACAACAAGCAUCAGUGUGCAACAACAAACAACAAGCAUCAGUGUGCAACAACAAGCAUCAGUGUGCAACAACAAGCAUCAGUGUGCAACAACAAGCAUCAGUGUGCAACAGUGUCAGUGUGCAACAACAAGCAUCAGUGUGCAACAACAAGCAUCAGUGUGCAACAACAAGCAUCAGUGUGCAACAACAAGCAUCAGUGUGCAACAACAAGCAUCAGUGUGCAACAACAAGCAUCAGUGUGCAACAACAAGCAUCAUCAGUGUGCAACAACAAGCAUCAGUGUGCAACAACAAGCAUCAGUGUGCAACAACAAGCAACAACAUCAGUGUGCAACAACAAGCAUCAGUGUGCAACAACAAGCAUCAGUGUGCAACAACAAGCAUCAGUGUGCAACAACAAGCAUCAGUGUGCAACAACAAGCAUCAGUGUGCAACAACAAGCAUCAGUGUGCAACAACAAGCAUCAGUGUGCAACAACAAGCAACAAGCAUCAGUGUGCAACAACAAGCAUCAGUGUGCAACAACAAAGCAUCAGUGUGCAACAACAAGCAUCAGUGUGCAACAACAAGCAUCAGUGUGCAACAACAAGCAUCAGUGUGCAACAACAAGCAUCAGUGUGCAACAACAAGCAUCAGUGUGCAACAACAAGCAUCAGUGUGCAACAACAAGCAUCAGUGUGCAACAACAAGCAUCAGUGUGCAACAAGCAAGCAUCAGUGUGCAACAACAAGCAUCAGUGUGCAACAACAAGCAUCAGUGUGCAACAACAAGCAUCAGUGUGCAACAACAAGCAUCAGUGUGCAGCCACAACAAGCAUCAGUGUGCAACAACAAGCAUCAGUGUGCAACAACAAGCAUCAGUGUGCAACAACAAGCAUCAGUGUGCAACAACAAGCAUCACAAAACAAGCAUCAGUGUGCAACAACAAGCAUCAGUGUGCAACAACAAGCAUCAGUGUGCAACAACAAGCAACAGUGUGCAACAACAAGCAUCAGUAUGCAACAACAAGCAUCAGUGUGCAACAACAAGCAUCAGUGUGCAACAACAAGCAUCAGUGUGCAACAACAAGCAUCAGUGUGCAACAACAACGUCAGUGUGCAACAACAAGCAUCAGUGUGCAACAACAACAUCAGUGUGCAACAACAAGCAUCAGUGUGCAACAACAAGCAUCAGUGUGCAACAACAAGCAUCAGUGUGCAACAACAAGCAUCAGUGUGCAACAACAAGCAUCA